GAUCGUCAACGCACCUUGACAACGGGAACAAUAGGAGCGUCGCUUAGAAACUUCAUGACGUCAUGACGUGUUACCAACGGAAAUAUGCUGGCAACUUUCAGGCAGAUAUGUGAGGAACAACUUCUACACGAUCUCGCCGUCAUUUCCGCCGCGUACUCCAGCAUGUGCCAAAACACGGUGACGGUGAGUUUUGAAACGGAUUAUGUUCUGGGAAACAGCGCCCGUGUUGCAAUGGUCGGCUCGCUACCAGUGCUAGGGUCGUGGAAUCCCAAGGAAUGCGUGAUGGCGACAGUCCACCCCGGGUCCAAUCACUGGCGCCUGACCGUAACCCUCCCUCGCAAGACGACCUUCACCUGGAAAUGGAUCGUGGUUUCGCCCGACAAGUCCAAGGUGUGGCGGUGGGAGGAACAAGAAGAUCGGGAAUCAAGGUCCGGGAUUUUCAACGGUCGCUGGACAGCGCCAUGGAACGGAAUUGCUGUUUUUACACCAGAGAAAAACAGUGAAGAAUUUGAAAGCGCCCUUGAGGGUGAGAUGCCACUCCACAUCAUCCGACCACCCCACUCGGUCAAUGAGAGUUUGAAGCGGUCCUUCUGCAUCAUUCUCUGACGACGACUACAACAAGAUGUAAAACAGCUGCCGCAACAAAAUAUCCACCCCGUGCAAGGAAAUCACAUUGUUUAUAUUCAUAUUGCCACAAUAUCUAGGUAUUGCGGGGAACUUUACAAAAUUAUAUAUAACCUCUGCAUCCUUAGAACAUAUACCAUCAACGCGAAUCUUUCACAGUUCAUGUCAUGAUCUAGUGAAACAAAACCUGAUCUAUUCAUCACUGAUGUCUAUAUUUACACAUUUACAAACAAAUGUAUUAUUACAGUUUAUUCAAUAUGUAUAUAUUUAUGAAUUUUAUUUACAUAAAUCACUACUCUUCCAUAUUUGUACCAUAUAGAUAUCCUUGAACAUGUAUAGUUUCGAAGACUCUACUUUAUUAAAUGGUAUGAUUUCGCGCCUAGGCAUGGUGAGUGGCCGACACCAUAAGAUAAAACAUGAUUCGGAGGGAGGAGAUUGGGGAGGAGGGGCUGGGAUUUUAUCGAACAAAAUAGAUGUCCAUCUAAAUAUUUUAAAUCAGUAAUUAUAUUCUAGACUUGACAAAACAAAGAAAUUGUCAAAAAAAUACAUAGUUGCAAAAAGUUUUUAAUAGGCUCAUUGUUUUAAUAAAAAGCAUCUGGUUUUGCAGAUGUUGCUGAAAAAAAAAUAUCUCCAUACAAAACUCCCAGACUUCCAGGAAAUCAAAUGGGUGGUCCCUAGUCCAGAAGGACAAUAUAUAUAAAUCUUUAUCGUGAAUCUCUCAAUGAAGAAUAGAUACGUCACGUUUAUUUAAAUUGUGUGUUCAUAUCUUUUCUAAUUUUAUAUGUCAACAAUGUAAUUAUCACGUGAAAUGUCUGUUUUGUCAUGGUGAAUAAACUUUUUAUAUACGUGUA